CCAAGGCGCGGUCUCCGUGCGCGGCGGCGGAGCAGGCGAAGCAGCAGACGGAGGAGGUGCUGAACGCGAUCCUGCCCCCGCGAGAAUGGGUGGAAGACAAUCAGCUCUGGAUCCAGCAAGUGUCGUGUACGCCCAGCACGCGGAUGGACGUGCUGCAUCUGCAGGAAGAGCUGGACCUCAAGCUGCAGCAAAGACAGGCUCGAGAAACCGGGAUCUGCCCCGUCCGCAGGGAGCUGUACUCGCAGUGCUUCGACGAACUUAUCCGUGAAGUUACUAUUAACUGCAUAGAGCGGGGAAUGUUGCUGCAUCGGGUCCGAGAUGAAAUCCGAAUGACCGUUGCUGCCUACCAGACCCUGUACGAGAGCAGCGUUGCCUUUGGCAUGAGAAAGGCGUUACAGGCUGAGCAAGGCAAAGCAGAUAUGGAGAAAAAGAUUGCAGAGUUGGAAGAGGAGAAGAGAGAGCUGGAAAGACAAGUGAAUGAGCAAAAAGCUAAAUGUGAAGCUGUUGAAAAACGUGAAAUUGAAAGGCGGCAGGUAGAGGAGAAGAAGCAUGGUGAGGAGGUCCAGUUCUUGAAACGAACCAAUCAGCAGCUGAAGGCCCAGCUUGAAGGCAUCAUUGCACCGAAGAAGUAAGUGCCAUCGUGGUGCCCUUCAGAAAGCACUCACAGCUUGUUUUGCAAAACAAACAGCUCGUAUUUGGUGACCAAGACUUGCCUCCUUUGGAGCAUGACCCUGGCUUUCAUGCUGAAGGGUAGCUGGAAACAUUUUUGCUCAUUGUCUUAUAAGUUAAAGAUUCAACUGUUUUUCUAAUUACUGUGACCUCAUUCAGCAGUGCCUGAGCAUGCAGGUCUUGGAAUGGGGAGCUGUCUGGGAAUGGACUCUGCGAUUCUGUAGCUUGAUCUUAAAACAAUGUUUACUAAUAAAGUUUUUUACCU